AUGUCGGCCUCGGCGGCGGACGCGGAGGAGGAGGCGAAGCGGGUGGUGGCGGCGGCCUACGACUACGAGGCCGACCCGCGUUGGGCCGACUACUGGUCCGACGUCCUCGUCUCGCCGCACCUGGCCACCCGCCCUGGCGUCCUCGCGCACUUCCGCUGCAAGUUCUACCAGAGUUUCACCGAUCGUGAUUUGGUGGUCGAGCCUAUGUCAACCACUGGUUCCACUCAGCCGAGCAGGCCAGACAUAAGGUCUUCACGUUCAGCAUCCAGUGAGAAUGUUAGGGCCCGCAAUUCAGGUUCUAGUUCCAGAUUAGCUGCCCCGCCAGCAGCAGCACCACAAGCAGGGGCUGCAAAUCCUUUACGUUUCGAUGCACGGACUAUACAUUUCUCUGUAAAUGCCUGGGUACUGGUUGUUGCUGGUCUGGGAAUGCUUCCAAUCUUUCCAAAACAUCUUGCAGAGAGAGCUUGCAAGCUUUCGUUGCUGGGAACAGUCCUCUCCUCAGGGUACUCUUUAUAUAGUACUUAUGGCAAACCAAGAGAAUUGAACAUGCCUGCAAUUCAGACUUGGUUGCAGUCAGUAGUUGGAGCCAAGGAUUUUAUCCGUUUAAGGUUCUCUCUGUUGCUCGUCACAUCUCAGCUGCACUUAAAGAUUGCUGUCCUCCCUGUGUUCUGUUGGGCGCUUGAUCAUGUUGCCAGAUUCCAAAGGCGUAACUUUUCCCGCUCGUCUUUCUACAGGGGAUACUUGGAAGAGCCUUGCCUUUGGGUGGAGACGAACAACACCACGCUCAGCCUUCUUUGCUCAAAUGCCGAACUGGCCUUGGGGUUUCUUCUAAUCAUAUCGCUGUUCUCGUGGCGGCACAACUUCAUACAGACAUUCAUGUACUGGGACGUGUUGAAGAUGAUGUACCGCGCGCCUGUGACAUCCAGCUACCACCAGAGCGCGUGGGCGAAGAUCGGGCGGACCGUCAACCCGUACAUCGACCGCUGCGCUCCGUUCCUCCAGACCCAGUGGCGACGACGACCUUCUCGCCCACCACGGGGGCCCGGAGGUGGCGGCGGCGGAGCAGGAGGCAAAGCGGGAGUUGAAGGAGAGAACAAAUUACUACACUACCCAACAACUUAUACAGAAAACACUUACACUGACUCUUCAAAUUCGUGA